AUGAGCAUCUCAUUUACAGAAAUGGCAUCAAAUUUUGGAAUACCAACCCCACCACCGGCUUUUGAUAAUUUAGACGAGAAAGGUCAAUUAUUUUCGUCUUCAUCAGAUGGGACUGAAGUCUAUUCACCUGACCUUACAAGUCCAAUUGUCACCAAUACAACCAUCAAUAACUCAUCGUCCAUUUCUACAAACAAUUUGAAUAAUGUGUCAUUACGUAAAUCCAGAUCUCGUUAUUUUAUCGCUGAUGAUUCGAUGCUAUCUUCAAUUAUUCCAAUCAUUAUGAAAGAGCAUAAUCUCGCAUCAACAGAUCCUUUAUCUUCAUCAACAAAUUUUUUUUUCUCCAAUGAUAAAUCUUCGUCGCAAAAUACUUCAACAAUUGCUUUAAACAGUGAUCCGUCUAAUAGCCAAAACAUUAACCAUGUUAAACAUGAUGAUAAUACUCAAUCAACAAUUUUUGAUUAUUAUUCGACAAAGAAGACGACGACGGUUUCGGCACCAUCAGCAACGAUUAUUCAUCGACCAUUGUUAUUGCCUGAUGUAAUACGCUCAAUUGGUCUGACGAGAAGGUCUAAAUAUAGAUCAAGACCUGUCACUCGAGCAAAGAAUAAACAGGAGGAUGAACGUACUUUUAUUACUACUGGGUUGGAUUUACUUUUUGAUGCUGCUCUUUCUACCAAUCAGCCCCUCUCUGAUAAUCAUCAACAUCGUCACCAGAAUCAAGAAGAAAAUUUACUAAAUACUCCUCGUUCGUCAUUUUCACCUCAAUCCCCCAAUAAAUUCUCUUCUUCCCAGAUUGGUCAUUCCUCUAAUAGUGUAAUUUCUAAUAAUAGCACUAUUAAUUCAUCAUCCUAUAAAAAUACGUCAUCGAAUGCAACAAAAAAUACAUUAUUUUAUUAUAUUUCCGGUAAACGACGUGCAUCAAUGUCACUUUCAUCCAUAUCCACUUCUGAUUUAAGUGAUCUUGAUGACGUCAAUAUUGAUAACUACGGAGAUGAUGAGGAUGAUUCGGAGUUUUUGCCGAACCCUAAAAGACUUAAACUUGGUGCUGGUUCUGGUCUUGGAAUUUCAAUCUCAUCAACUCCUGCCUCCACAUUUAACAACAUCAAGCAUAUCGCCAAAGCAAACGAUAACUCGAUGGCAAUCAAUAAUUCUAUUGUCACAUCAAAUACAACCAUUACGACUAUUGUCACCAACACGAUUGCUACUACAAGGGAGCGUAAAGAAGCAAAUCAAAGAACAAAAAUUUGUGCUAGUUGCAGAACUAAAAGCACUCCCUGUUGGAGACCCGGUUGGCGACCUGAUCUUUUUUUAUGUAACAGUUGCGGAUUGAGGUACAAAAAGACAAAAUGCGUGUGUCCAAAUUUAGAUUGUCGAUAUAUUCCAUUAAAGUCGGAAUUUAAUGCAAUGUUUAAGAAACAAAAGAAUGGCGAUAUAUCAGAAACGAAAAGAUGUUGUAAAUGCCAAAGUUAUGUUACAACCAACGGUAAUUGGCGACUUUGA